AUGCCAUUUUACACGCUACCCCGACACCUUGCAGCAAGGAAUUCACGGUCGCUGACCUCCUCUUUUGCCAGACGAUCAUCUUUCAAACAUGGAUUGUUCCAGAAACGGCAGCUUCAAAACGUCGCCACGACGAGCCAAGAAACAGGACUCUUUUCCUUGUCGUCCAUUCAACACCCAUCCGAUUUUUCGCAUGUAUCCAAACAAGCCAUUCAUACAUCGGAUGAUUUACGGACGAGUUUACCGGAGCAUAUCACUAGCAAAGCGCAAGCCGUAAAUGUUCUGUAUCAAUUGGAUCAGAUCAGCAAAACGGUCUGCAAUGUCAUUGAUGCGGCCGAACUCUGUCGGUCGGCCCAUGCUUCCCCCAUUUGGAGAGAGGCUGCCAACAAUGCCUUUAUGCAACUCCAAGACUAUAUUGGUACAUUGAAUGCUGACAAGAAUCUAUACGAUAAUCUGGCCUACGUAUACCAACAGUAUUAUGACCAACUGACUCCCGAAGAGCAACGAUUUUGCCUACUCCUCAAGCAAGAGUUUGAAAUUGAUGGGAUUCAUUUGCCAAAAGAGGGACGCGAAAAAGUCAAGGAGGUUCAUAAUCGCAUCACCAAUCUAGAGACUUUGUUUGCAAGCAACAUUACGCAUUCGAACAAGCGCUUCUGGGUCGACUUGGAAGCUGUGGAACAAAUCAUUCCCAAGGAUGUUUUGUUGGCCAAUGGUGCCACUUUAGAUCCAAGCAAACCUGGAAGGAUUCAGUUACCCGCAAACUCUCCCAUUUCCAAUUCGAUUACUAGUUUUGGAAAUGCAGCAGCUUUGCGAAAGGAGGUUUACUUGGCGUCGGUGAAUAGUUGUACGGACAACAUUGAUGUCUUGGAAUCUUUGAUUGAUGCACGACAAGAGUUGGCCCAUGCCUUGGGAUACGAGUCCUACAGCCAACGAUUUCUACAAGAUAAAAUGGCGCAAUCCCCCGAAACUGUCAACCAAUUCCUACAGGGCUUGCAACAACAAAUUGCUCCAGGCCACAAGAAGGAAAUGGAACUGAUCAGUCGCACCAAACAAUCCUUGGAAGGUGGUUCGGCUACUGUCGAACCUUGGGACUUGAAAUUUUACACCAAAUUGCUCAAAGCUCAUGUCGGUGGAGUGGAUCCCAAUGUGCUAGCGGAGUAUUUCAGUUUGCCCAAUUGCUUGAAUGCGAUGCAAUUUUUGGUACAACAACUAUUUGGCAUCAAGAUGCAAGAAGAAGAAAUGCAUCCCAGCGAACGAUGGGAUGUGGAUACGACUGAAAAUGGUCCUGCCACAAUGGCCACAAGUAUUAGUAGUAGUACGGACAUUCGCAAGUUCAAGUUCUAUGAGGAGAAGAGUGGACGAGAAUUGGGAUCCAUGUAUUUGGAUCUUCAUCCACGCCCGGGCAAGUAUACUCAUGCCGCUCACUUUACCGUCCGCUGUGGCUGUGUGGAAAAUGGGCUGGGUUCAAACUAUCAAUUGCCCAUUGUGGCACUGGUGUGCAAUAUCAACGAACAGGGGUCCACGCAUCAAGAUGUGGAAACCCUGUUUCACGAAUUUGGUCACGCCAUGCAUUCCUUGCUCAGUCGCACAAACUUUCAACACUUGGCGGGAACUCGAGGGGCGAUGGAUUUUGUGGAAACUCCUUCGCAUUGGAUGGAACACUAUGUUUGGGACGAAGAAUUUCUGCCCAUUCUAGCACGCAAGGAAAAUGGGGAACCGAUUCCCGAAUCGCUGUCCAAGCCCUUGGUGCAAAGUCGCAAUUCCUUCCGUUGCAUUGAAAUGCAAAGUCAGCUAGUUUUGUCCAAAUUCGAUCAGCAAAUCUUUGGAGCCAACAAGGGAAGUCAAACCACACAAGAGAUUUGGGAUGCGCUACACCGUGAACAUGGUGUACCGCACGCCGACGGAACUCAUUGGUUCACCAAUGUAGGUCAUUUGGUAACCUAUGGAGCUGGAUACUAUGGCUACCUCUAUGCUCAAGUCUUUGCCAGUACGAUCUGGAAUACGCAUUUUCAGGGACAGAGCUUGAAGAGAUCUUCUGGUGACCUCAUUUGGAAGAAGGUACUAAUCCAUGGAGGAUCAAAGGAACCAAGCAUGAUGCUGGAAGACUUGGUGGGCAAGAAACCACAAAUGGAGAAGUACUGGGGUUCACUUUAG